AUGGAGAAGCUGGCGACCAGUCUCCACGACAUUCUGGAUCCCCAGCCUCCACCGCGGAACAAACCCUUCGUCCCCAUCUCUCUGAAACGCUCCGUCCUUCACGACGUGGCCCGCGGGCUCUCGUUCCUGCACAGCCACUCGCCGCCCAUCAUCCACCGCGACUUGUCGGCCAGAAACGUUCUCCUGAACGAGGGGAUGGUGGCCAAGAUAGCCGACAUGGGCAUGGCUCGCAUCUUGCCGAGUCUGUGA